GCAGUUCAGAGCCAAGCUGUUCUCUCCUCCCCGCAGCUCAGUGUCCAGCCUCUCCUCUGCCCUCAUCCAGUGUCCUGCACUGGGGCCCUCUCGCCCAGGAGAACCAGGGCACCCUCAUGUGGUGCUGCCAUGGGCAUUAAGGCCUUAGCUCUCUGCUUUGGUUUCGUGUUGAUCUGUGUAGGGAUCGGAAUCGGGCUGUGGUUCCAUCUGAAGGGCAAAGACUUCUCCCAGGUUAUCCUACAGAGAUGCAAGUCCUACAAUGCAUCGGGAAAUCCUGAGCUGAGGGAUAGAGACUGCCAGCAGAUAGUGGAAGCAUUCACGAAGGCGUUUGUUUCUAAGGAUCCUUGUAAGAUCACUUGGGAAGACUACGCACCAUUGCUGCAGCUGACCAAGCAGGCGCUACCGUGUGACAAGAUUUUCCUCUGGAGCAAAACGAAGGGCCUAGUAGAAGAAUUACAGCAGAAGCAGAAGAAUGACUUGUUCUUAAUGCGGGACACGCUGAUAGGCCACAUGGCAGAUAACCUCAAGUGGUGUGGAAAAGAAGGCUCUUCCGAAAUCAACACCGAAUCUUGUCAAAAGAACAACUGCGAGGAAAGCCCUGUUGAUGUAUUCUGGAAAGUGGCAUCUAAAUGGUUUGCAGAAAACGUCUGUGGUGUGGUCGGAGUGCUGCUCAGUGGGUCCGUCAGCCAAGCCUUCAACAGAAACAGCAUAUUUGGGAGUGUGGAAGUCCCUAACUUGAAGAGAGCACUAGUCACAAAACUACAGACCUGGGUGAUACAUAACAAAGGAGGAGAUGCCAGUGAUUCGUGCUCAGGCUCCUCCAUAAGUGAACUGGAAAAGAUUGUGCGUGAACGAGGAAUUGUAUUUACUUGCAAGGAUAUUCAGAGCCUCGACCAGAUUGAUACUUGAGAGACCCUGAGCUUCAUCCCUCAGAGCUGGGAUGUGAUCUGCAGCUGUUUCCUUCAUGUGAGUCCCUGUAUCGAUGGGCCUGGCUGUUCAAGGACACACCCUGGAGAAGAGCCCAGGAUUUGGGGAACACACCCUUGUGAUGUCAUCACUGCACACGGGAGCCUUCUCACCCUAAAUCUUAAAUGGCUUCAUGACAUUGGCAUGGCUUUAUUUCAGUCUGAUAAUAUCCGGAAAUGAAUUUAUUGCUAUGUACCAUUAAAAAGAAAAUGAAGCUACUAUGUCACUUUAAUUUUCUUAGGAACGUUUUAUGUUAGUUAUAUGUUGGUGACAUCCUUUAUAUUGAAAAUGGUCACACCAAAUCUCCCUUCUUGGUACAGGCAAGCAAAGAAGGUACCUAGUCUUGUGUCCGGAUAUAUUUGUGUGUUACCUACUUACAGAGAGUCAGACUACAAAUGCCGUGAUUGUAGCUAACCCUGGGGAAAGAAUUCUGUAGACUACAACCUACUCGUGUGUAUAUACUCAAGUAUACAGGUGUCUCCCUCUAGGACUAGAUUAGGAAACUGUCAGUGCCCUUUGCUCUCGGAUGUAUAGAACCUGGAAUGUGUUUGUUUUUUUUUCUAAAUGGCAUUUCCCCUCCUCCUGUUCUCUUUCUCUCCUCCACAUUUCAUGUGUACUAAAUGGCUUAUAGCAUAUGUGUGGUCUGGGAAGUGGCUCUGUGGAUAAAGCUCUGGACUUUCAUGCAUGAGGUCCCAAGUUUGAGCUCCUGACAGUGCAUGUACCAGAGUGCAUCUCUGGUUCUCUUCCUCUCUCUUCAUAUCUCUAUUAUUAUUAUUAUACUUUAUCGCUAGGCUUAUCACUGGGGAUCAGUGCCAGCACUACUAAUCCACUGCUCCUGGUGGCCAUUUUUCCAGUUUAUUAGAUAGGACAGAGAGAAAUUGAUAGAAAGGGAGAGAGAGACACCUGUAGACCUACUUCACCACUCACAAAGUAUCUUUCCUGCAGGUGGGGACCUGGGGCUCAAACCCAGAUCCUUGUGUGGGUCCUGUAUUAGUACUAUGUGCAAUUAGCUGGGUGUACCACUGCUUAGCCCUCUGUCUCCUCCUAUCUCUGUCAAAAAUAAAGGAAUAAAAUAUUUUUUAGUUAAGGA